UCAGUAUAUCUACCCCUUGUUUAGUGGGCUGCUCCAUCAUAAAGCAGCCAAGGAUACUGCUUAGUCCACAUCAAGCUGCCACUGAAAUAUGGCACCCAAGAAAGCAAAGAAAAGAGCGGAGGGAGCCAGCUCCAAUGUGUUCUCCAUGUUUGAACAGGCCCAGAUCCAGGAGUUCAAAGAAGCUUUCACUAUCAUGGACCAAAACAGAGACGGAUUCAUUGACAAGAAUGACCUGAGAGACACGUUUGCAGCUUUGGGCCGUUUAAAUGUCAAGCAAGAGGAGAUUGAUGAUAUGCUGAAGGAGGCACCAGGACCCAUUAAUUUCACAGUCUUUCUCACCAUGUUUGGAGAGAAGCUAAAAGGUGCUGACCCAGAGGAGACCAUUCUCAACGCUUUCAAAGUCUUUGACCCUGAGGGAAAAGGAACAUUAAAGAAAGACUUUGUCACAGAGAUGCUGACGACUCAGGCAGACAGAUUCUCCCCUGAAGAGAUGGAGCAGAUGUUUGCAGCUUUCCCUCCAGAUGUAGCAGGAAACCUAGACUACAAGAACCUGGUCUAUGUCAUCACACACGGCGAAGAAAAAGACCAAGAAUAGAUCAAUUACGCCUGAGAUUUCCCUCUGGAAUUUCAAAUCAAUGGGUCAUGUUUGUGCUGAGAUACGUGCAUGAGCACACAGCCUAGAGCAGAAACACAACGCUAAAGGUUUCAGCUUCAGUGACUUGUUUUUCGUAAUUGUGUAUUAAAGUAUUACUUAUGUAUUGAUUCAUUAUUAGAAUAUGUAUUGGUAUGGAUAUUAUUACACUAGAUGUAUAUAAAUGCUUGAUAUGUAAUAGGUGAAAUUAAAAGUGUAUGUAACCACUGAAAGGGAAAUGUUUAAUAUGUUUUUAUAUCUCAUGGUAAGAGAUUAUUUUUUUUCUGAAUGAAUAAAGGAAGGGAGGCUGGAUAUCACUGGCAGUAACACUCAGAAAGAUGUCUGCAAAGACCCACACACAUUUCUAUUUGCACCAUAGCUGUGCUUUAUCAUGUUUUGUUGCAGAGGGAGAGCUCCAGUGGGAAACAGAGCCAGUGGCAUUCAGAUCUAUGAGGAAGGUAGUUAAUCCCAAUGUGAGAAACAACAAUAAACCUUUUCAACUU